ACGUAGAAGAAGACAACACAGUACAUUGCCUAAGGCCACGAACCCAGGCUAACACAAACCGAGUGGCUACAGACUGAUCAACAGUGCGGCAAAAUGGCGACAGGGAAACCGAGUCCGGCGAAGAACAUGCUGUCUUUCUGGAGGUCCAUCGUGUUCCUUACAACGCCUGUAAUCUUGUGCCCGUUGCCGAUAUACUAUGCGUCUACAGAGAAUAGCAAGAUCGCAGCCGGUGCCUACGCUGUGAUCAUCAUGGCAGUGUACUGGGCCACAGAAGUUCUGCCUUUGGCUGUCACUGCUCUUCUUCCUAUCGUUCUGUUCCCCGUGCUGGGGGUCCAGUCAUCAAACCAUGUCUGCAUCAACUACUUCAAUGACAGCAAUAUGUUGACAGUUGGAGGGUUGCUGCUCGCUGUGGCCAUAGAACGAUGGAACCUCCACAAGAGGAUCGCGCUGAGAGCCAUUCUCACAGUUGGGGUCGAGCCAAGAUGGUUGAUGUUGGGGAUAAUGUCAGUUACCGCAUUCCUGUCCAUGUGGAUCAGCAACACAGCAACAACUGCCAUGAUGGUCCCCAUCGCACAGGCCAUCCUGACAGAGCUUCUCAAGGAAAAGGGGAUGAAGCCUGAGGGACAGGUGGAGGACAAGAAACAGAACAGGAUAAUGCCUCUAGAUGAAAACACAGGGCUGCUAUCCACAACAACGUCUAAGAAUGAACAAAUCCAGGCACUGCCCCUGAAAAAUAUUGCAAUGGAAAAAAGUGAUCAUGACGACGACGAGGCAGAGUUAAUUGCAGAUCAGGUCCGGCCGUCAGUUGAGCAGGCAGAUAAGAAGGCUAAAGGCCUGUUACUGUGCAUCUGUUACGCAGCUAACAUCGGAGGCACCGCUACCCUGAUCGGAACGCCGCCGAACAUCAUUGCAGCACAGACGGCUCAAACCCUGUUUCCAAAGAGUCCAGGUAUCGAUUUUGUCAGUUGGUUCUGUUUCGCUUUCCCCACCAUGGUGGUGGCGCUUCUGCUGGCGUGGCUCUGGCUGCAGAGGCAGUUCUUGGACUACAGCUGUGUGCCUAGCUGUAUCAGCCGGAGAGGAUGUAGUACAAGAAGAAACCAGAACACUGCAGCAUAUGAGGUAGUCAGGAGGCAAUACGAUGAGCUGGGACCCUUUUCGUUUGCUGAGUUGGUCGUCCUAAGCCACUUCGCCGUGUUGGUUCUCCUGUGGUUUUUCCGGGACAUGGCCUUUAUACAUCUAGAGAACGGUCGAGCCGCGGGAUGGACCUACUUCUUCGUGCAGGGCUAUGUAACAGACUCAUCAGCUGUUUUCCUGAUAGCCCUGGCCUUGUUCGUCUGGCCGUCCAGACCCCCCAGCUUCUUGUGCCGCAGAGGGAAUAAAGAUCUCCGUCCGUCUGAGCCGGCCCCGCCUAUCUUAGACUGGUCAGCCGUAGAAGAGAAGCUGCCCUGGGAAGUCGUCAUUCUACUGGGGGGAGGGUUUGCACUGGCAGACGGAGUCAAGGUUUCCGGUUUAUCGGAGUGGUUGGCCCAAGGUUUCCGGGGCAUGGAUGGGUUCCCUCCUCUUGUGAUCGUCUUCAUCGUCACUGUCAUGAUAGCCUUCACAACAGAGUUCAGCAGCAACACCUCCACCGCGGCCAUCUUUCUGCCUAUCCUCGGAACACUGGCGCAGGCUAUCUGUGUCCACCCCUAUUACCUAAUGGUCCCGGCCACCAUCGCCUCUUCCUUUGCCUUCAUGUUACCAGUGGCGACCCCGCCAAACGCCAUUGUUUUCUCGUAUGGGCGGAUCAAAGCGUUUGAUAUGGCCAAGAGCGGUUUUGUGCUGAACUUGGUUUGUCUUCUGGUGUUGAACGUCGCUAUCAACACGUACGGUAUCCCGCUGUAUAACCUGCACCAGUUCCCGCCAUGGACCACCGGUACCUGUAACGUCACGACGGCGGGACCCUCCGUCACUCCCGCAAACAUCACAACGCCAACACUUCUCACUAACGGGACACGCUGACAACUACACUCGCAUCGAUAUUAAUCAUUUUUAGAGGACAAAAAAAAAUACCGGGAUACCUGUAACGUCAGGACGGCGGGACCCUCCGUGACUCCCGCCAACGUCACAACGUCAACACUUCUCACUAACGGGACACGCUGACAACUGCACACACUUCGAUAUUAAUCAUUUUUACAGAGCAAAGAAAAAAGAUAUAAUGUCAGUUUUUGCACCAAUUUUUUAAAGUGUAGAUGUUAGUUAAAUAGUUACGUCGCCUUCUGAAACAAAUUUUCAAGUAGAUGCUAAGAUAGAAUAUCGUGAUGUUUUUUGAAUGACGACUCAAGUUUCUCUGACAGUUCCUUACCUCAUGUAAGCAGAUGAAAAGUUGUUAAGGUAAAACGAAUGAAAUGUACAUAUAUGUGUACAUAUAUCCUUAAGAUACAGAUUGCGCACAAGAGGUUAAGAGUACGUGGAUGUAUAAUCAUCAUAAAUGUACGUCCGACGGGCGACCAAGGCGUCCUCGCGCGACACCUAAAGCCCGUCCUUUUAUACAAACUCAAUUUUUGUUAAAAGACUUGGGUAAUUCUUGAUGUAAAUAAAGAUAUCUGGCCUAGGUUGCGAAAGUGUUCGAAGACUUUAAGUGCAGGAUCUUGCAUAUUUUUGCAGUUUUUAAGUGUACAUAUUAAAAUACAAACAAGUGGGAACAAAAUAAGCAACAAAAAAAAAGUUUGUGAAUAUAUCAACAUGUCGAGUUUAACGUAUUGCUCACACUGCUGAUUUCAAGGUAACAUUCUCUGACAUAUUCAUCUAUUUUACUGUUACUGUACAUACAGACAAGAGGGAAUUUCAAUCGUCUGAAAUGAGUUCUCUGAACUCCGGAAUUGCGUUAUCACAGAAUAUGGUACGAAGAAGAAGAAGAUAAGAUACUAGUAUAUAUUUAAGCUGGCAGUUAAAGGGAAGUGAAGACGUGGCUUUCAGCAUUUGUGGAAAGUUCUCAAUGUGUCAUUAUCGACUGUUAUAUACAGUCAGUCGUCUGAAAUCAGUUCUCUGAACUAUGGAAUGACGUUAUCACAGAA